GGGAUGGAUUGGAGGUUUGUCUCCCCUCUCAACAGCUCACUGGCUGAUGUCACCGGAAUAAAGUCUUCCCUGGCAAUACUCGCUGUCUCAGUGAUAGGCUUUCUGUGCGGUGAGCAGCCAGACCUAGACCAAACCCCUGGCAAUCCAUAACAAAAUCAUAAGCAAAAUCAACCAGGAAACUAUUUGCACCCUGGAACCCCACCUGGGAGGGGAAGUCAAGGCAGACUUUCCAGAGAAGGUGAUGCUGAAAAUUUCAGAAACAGAAAUUUUGAAGAGCAAGAGUUACCAAGCAAAGAACAUUCCAGGAGAAGGAACAGGAGGUGUGAAGGUGGAGGUCCUGGGAUUGCCAAAAGAGCCAGUGGCCAGUCUAGGGCACCGCGCCGUCUGGCAUCUUCCUGGAGGCCCUGGGCCUGGCCCGAGGCUCAGCCCGGAUCUGCAGUUGCCAGACCCCUCUGCCAUGAACCAGUCCAUCCCAGUGGCUCCCACCCCACCCCGCCGUGUGCGGCUGAAGCCCUGGCUGGUGGCCCAGGUGAACAGCUGCCAGUACCCAGGGCUUCAAUGGGUCAACGGGGAAAAGAAAUUAUUCUGCAUCCCCUGGAGGCAUGCCACAAGGCAUGGUCCCAGCCAGGACGGAGAUAACACCAUCUUCAAGGCCUGGGCCAAGGAGACAGGGAAAUACACCGAAGGCGUGGAUGAAGCCGAUCCGGCCAAGUGGAAGGCCAACCUGCGCUGUGCCCUUAACAAGAGCCGGGACUUCCGCCUCAUCUACGACGGGCCCCGGGACAUGCCACCUCAGCCCUACAAGAUCUACGAGGUCUGCUCCAAUGGCCCUGCUCCCACAGACUCCCAGCCCCCUGAGGAUUACUCUUUUGGUGCAGGAGAGGAGGAGGAAGAAGAGGAAGAGCUGCAGAGGAUGUUGCCAAGCCUGAGCCUCACAGAUGCAGUGCAGUCUGGCCCCCACAUGACACCCUAUUCUUUACUCAAAGAGGAUGUCAAGUGGCCGCCCACUCUGCAGCCGCCCACUCUGCGGCCGCCUACUCUGCAGCCGCCCACUCUGCAGCCGCCCGUGGUGCUGGGUCCCCCUGCUCCAGACCCCAGCCCCCUGGCUCCUCCCCCUGGCAACCCUGCUGGCUUCAGGGAGCUUCUCCCUGAGGUCCUGGAGCCUGGGCCCCUGCCUGCCAGCCUGCCCCCUGCAGGCGAACAGCUCCUGCCAGACCUGCUGAUCAGCCCCCACAUGCUGCCUCUGACCGACCUGGAGAUCAAGUUUCAGUACCGGGGGCGGCCACCCCGGGCCCUCACCAUCAGCAACCCCCAUGGCUGCCGGCUCUUCUACAGCCAGCUGGAGGCCACCCAGGAGCAGGUGGAACUCUUCGGCCCCAUAAGCCUGGAGCAAGUGCGCUUCCCCAGCCCUGAGGACAUCCCCAGUGACAAGCAGCGCUUCUACACGAACCAGCUGCUGGAUGUCCUGGACCGCGGGCUCAUCCUCCAGCUACAGGGCCAGGACCUUUAUGCUAUCCGCCUGUGUCAGUGCAAGGUGUUCUGGAGCGGGCCUUGUGCCUCAGCCCAUGACUCAUGCCCCAACCCUAUCCAGCGGGAGGUCAAGACCAAGCUUUUCAGCCUGGAGCAUUUUCUCAAUGAGCUCAUCCUGUUCCAAAAGGGCCAGACCAACACCCCACCACCCUUCGAGAUCUUCUUCUGCUUUGGGGAAGAAUGGCCUGACCGCAAACCCCGAGAGAAGAAGCUCAUUACUGUACAGGUGGUGCCUGUAGCAGCUCGACUGCUGCUGGAGAUGUUCUCAGGGGAGCUAUCUUGGUCAGCUGAUAGUAUCCGGCUACAGAUCUCAAACCCAGACCUCAAAGACCGCAUGGUGGAGCAAUUCAAGGAGCUCCAUCACAUCUGGCAGUCCCAGCAGCGGUUGCAGCCUGUGGCCCAGGCCCCUCCUGCUGGAGCAGGCCUUGGUGUUGGCCAGGGGCCCUGGCCUAUGCACCCAGCUGGCAUGCAAUAACAAGGCUGCAGACGGUGACUGGCCCUGGCUUCCUGGGUGGUGGUGCGGACUGAUGUGGAGAUGUGACAGCCCCGAUGAGCACCUGGCUGGCUGCAGGGUCCUACCUCUGGGUUUCCUGCAAGUGGAUUUGGGCCAAGAAGGAGAGGGAGAAAGGCCCGAGCCCCUGCCUUCCCAGGCCUUUCUCUCCUGGGCUGUCUCAGGUCUGGUCAGCCUGGCUCUCGGGAAAUUCAGCCAUGAGCAGGGAAAGAACUCUCCCAACCCUGGGGCCUAGCUAUAUAGGAGGAAUUGCCUAAGGGUGGCCCACUCUUGUGAUUGCCCCAUUUCCUCUGGCAACAAAAGCCAGAGUGUUGUGGGCCAAGUCCCCCCACAGGGCCUCUGCAAGGCAUGGCCCUGAUUUCCCUGGUUUGAGACUCACUUCCUCAUCUCCCUGUCCUCUGAGAUAAUAUGAGUGAGCACUUAGGUAUCAUAUCAGAUGCUCAAGGCUGGCAGCUACCCUCUUCUUGAGAGUCCAAGAACCUGGAGCAGAAAUAAUUUUUAUGUAUUUUUGGAUUAAUAAAUGUUAAAAACAGA